AAUAAGAGUUGUGAUGAGACAGACAAGUUUUCGGGAAAAUGACAACACGGAUCGGAAACACCUAGGCCCGAAGUAGGCCUGGAGUUGACAGAAUUUACAGGUCUGGCAAAUAUAUUUUUUUUAAAUAUGUGCCGUGGGUGACGGCUGACAGCUGAAAACAAUGGGGAAGAUCAGUAAGAUUUUGGUAUGUGGACACUCAGGUGUUGGAAAGACUGCUGCCAUAGAACAGCUAAUAUAUGGGAACCAUGUGGCUGGUAUGCCCAUGCACUCCACCAUUGAGGACAUUUAUACAGCUAUGAUAGAAACAGACAGAGGACUUAAGGAGAAAGUGAGAAUCUUCGACACAGGAGGAUUGGAUGGAGCAAAAACUGAUCUACCACGACAUUACCUAACUUUUCCUGAUGGAUUUGUUCUGGUGUAUGAUGUGACAAACUGGGAUUCAUUUCAAAAACUAGAAAAACUUAAAAAGGACAUUGAUAAAAACAGAGAGAAGAGAGAGAUACAUAUUAUUGCCAUUGGAAACAAAAGUGAGGAGCAAGAAAGUCGUCAAGUGGAUUUUAAUACAGCACAGACGUGGGCUAACAGAGAGAAAGUCCGUCUGUGGGAGGCGUCUGUCAAGAGCAGACAGUCACUAAUUGAACCGUUUGUUUGGUUAACAUCAAAGAUAACGCAACCUCAGAGCAAGUCCACAUUCUUACCAGGUCGAAAGGCCAAGGCAGGUGAACUUUGAACUCUACCGAACAUUUUUUUUUCUGGAACGGGAACAGCUAGAGUAUAACGCAAGAUCGUAUUUAUUUGUUUGUUGUUUAUAUUUAUUGUAUGUACCAGUACAUUUAUGUUGAUACAGUCAUUGACUUAUAUUUUAUCAAGACAAGGAAAAAUAUAAAUAUUGUGAAUAUUAUUAUCAUGUUACUUAAACUUGAUUUACAAUUUAUAAGAUUGGUUUUGAUGUCUGUAUAUAUAUUUACGAGAAAUCGUCAUAACUACAAAUGUUUCUUAACACACAGCAUUAAUAUCACAAUAUGAAGGAGCAAACCGAAUUAAGGAUGUACUCUUCUGAGGUUUCAAUCACGUUCAAGUCUCGUUU